AUGACCUCGGCCGACCUCGACGCUGUGACAACCACAUUGGACGACGCCUUCGCACCCGGCGCCAUCGCGACGUACGUAUAUCAAUUUCGCGAUAACUAUCCAUCGUACCACUGGCGAUGCUACCGCGAAGGUCUCGCCAUGGAAUAUGACUUGCCCACAAAACGCCAGAGGUGUUUCAACGUCAUUAUCCCUCCGGACGGAAAUGAAAACGAAGCAAGGAGUGCUGCGGGGUGGAAGGUGAUGGAGAGAGGUGAGAUGGGAGGUCUAGGCAUGUUUGGUGCACUGUUGGGCCUGGACAAGCGCGUAUUCAGUGCAAUGAGCACAAGAGAUCUGCGCGAGAGGAGGAAGCAGGUUCGACUGUCCCCUCACAUUCACGGCCACGAGAGUGAUCCAGCCGGGCUAUUCGGAAUUUCGGAGGUGGAACUGGAUUGCUCCCUCCAGCUGGACAUGAAUAUUACGCGGACGGCACAUUUAUUGCCACAGAUGCACGCGGCUGUGCAGACCUACAUCGAGAAUGCCUACGACCGGCAACUCUAUCUCGGUAUCCUGGCCACCCACCCGGACUGGGAUGGGCAUGGCUUCGGCGCUGCACAAGUGCAAUGGGGCCUGAAGUUCGCACAGGCCGAGGAGAGGCGGCUGACGCUAUUGCAGAAGAAACAGGUCAAGAUGCCUGUGACGUUGCUGGCAACGCCUGCGGGAUAUCCGCUGUACAAGAGCUUGGGGUUCGAGAAUGUCGCGAAUGUGACCUUUGAGCUGUUGGCGCCGUUUCCUCAGUCGACGACUUGCGGGUUGGGUGUGACGUUUGAGCCAUUGGAAAACAGACGCAAGACAUAUCAAGAGGGUAUGUCUCAUUCUUGCAUCGAUCCGGCAGGAUCGUGGACCUCGCUCAGUUGUGGUAAUGACACAACCGACAUUGGUGCCGAAAAUGAGUACGAAUUCAAGAGAGACCCUUAG